AUGUCAUCUUACUCGCACCGCCGUUCCUUAUCGGAGAACAGUAGCCUCAACUUAUCAACGUUAGAGAUGGAAGAAGAUCCAUCUUACACAAUGUUGCCUAAAGAGCUUAUGGACAAGAACGACCUGUUUUUGCUGGGCGACGAGAGGUUUGGAGCGAUGGAGCAGCGUUCCAAGUCCGAGAGCUUUAUUUGCACAGCGCAGGGCAUUGUGUUCCAGGACACCAAGUGUCAAAAGUACUGGAGCAAAAUUAACGACCUUGUGGCCUUAGCCGCUGACUCGUCAAGUUCUGAGAGCAAUGUGGUGUUGGCCAAGAAGGCUCUAAGAUAUCGCAAAGUGCUUGAACGUCACCGUUUUAUAGUGUAA